GCUGAGGCGCCUCACAGCCGCGGCGCAUCGAGCAGCUUUGACUAUAUAUGGUCAAAGCGACGAGGGAGCAGCCGUGCAGCCUGUUUCCGGGUUGGGUUUUUUUUUUUUUGGCGUGUAUUCGCCUUCGCUCUGUGAACCCGCGGCGACAGGAGGGCAAGGCAAACGCAACGGAGGACGAGAGAGAGAGGCGGCGAGCGGCUGUGUGGAGGAGCGACCGUUGCUCGUUGAACGAUUGCGUCGGCGGUGACUCGCACUUCAUCCCUUCAGCUGAGUAACGGCCCGGCGCGCGCCGGAUCUCGCGGCGAUGCCUCACGAGCUGAGCAAAGUAUUUGCAUGCCUCCCACAAGUGGAAAGGGGUGUUUCAAAAGUCAUUGGAGGUGAUCCUAAAGGAAUCAACUUUCUUUAUACCAAUAACAAAAGUGUCGUCAUAAGAAACAUUGAUAAUCCAGCGAUUGCAGAUAUAUACACUGAGCAUGCUCACAAGGUUCAGGUUGCCCAAUAUGCACCCAGUGGCUAUUACAUUGCAUCCGGAGAUGUUACUGGCAAGGUUCGAAUUUGGGAUACUACCCAGAAAGAACAUUUAAUGAAAUAUGAAUAUCAACCAAUUUCUGGAAUAAUCAAAGAUAUUUGUUGGUCUUAUGAUAAUCAAAAGAUUGCAGUUGCUGGAGAAGGCAAAAGCAAGCAUGGAGCAGUUAUUCAAUGGGACACGGGAACAUCUGUUGGGACAGUGAACGGCCACAGCAAAGCCAUAAACAGCAUAUCUCUUAAGUCAAGUCGCCCAUUCCCUGCUGUGACUGCUAGUGAUGUUACCUGCGUGUUCUUUAAUGCAUAUCCUGUAAAGUUCGUGUGGUACACUUUCUGUAACCACUCGGCAUUUGUGAAUUGUGUGAGGUACUCUCCCUUGGGGAACAAGUUUGCUACAGCUGGUGCAGAUGGGCUGAUUGUUAUUUAUAAUGGGGCGGAUGGAGCUAUGAUAUGUACUCUUGGAGAAGAGAAGGCCCACGGGGGAGGUGUCUAUGCUCUUAGUUGGAGUGAUGAUGAGAAAUAUCUCCUUUCUGCAUCUGGUGAUAAGACUGUUAAGCUCUGGGAUGUUGAAACCAAGACUGCAACAACAACAUUUAACAUGGGAUCUGAUGUACUGGACCAACAAUUGGGCUGCUUGUGGCACCCAAAACACCUACUGAGCAUUUCACUUUCUGGAUACAUUAACUACCUGGAUAAAGCAAAUCCCAACAAGCCUCUCCGCGUUAUCAAGGGGCACACCAAGUCAAUUCAGUCGUUGACUGUUCAUACUGAUGAUGGGAAGCAAUCUAUCUACUCAGGCAGCCAUGAUGGUCACAUAAAUUACUGGGAUGCUCUCUCUGGGGAGAAUGAUGCUUUUACAGGGAAAGGACAUACCAAUAUGGUAUCAUCUUUGGCGAUCAAUGAUGACGAUGAACUUGUCAGUUGUGGUAUGGAUGAUACUGUGCGUUUCACCAAUUUGAUCAAGAAAGAAUAUAAUCCUCAAGACACAGUAAAGAUGGAUACCCAACCGAAGAACGUAGCAGUUGGUCCUGGUGGCUAUACUGUUGUCACUUCCAUUGGCCAGAUUGUACUCCUGAAGGACAAGAAAAAGGUUUUUGCAAUUGACAAUCUUGAUUACGAAGCGGAAACUGUAGCAAUUCAUCCUGGAGGAGAAACUGUGGCUGUGGGAGGAAAUGAUGGCAAAAUAUACCUGUAUUCUAUCCGAGGUUCCACUCUGCAGAAAAAUGACUGUGUAUUGGAAUUUGAGAACAAAGCCUCAGUGAAUGCUCUAUCUUAUUCACCUGAUGGUGCUAUCCUGGCUGCCUGUUGUGCAAGUAAAGUAAUGACAUAUAAUGUUGCGGAUGGAUAUCAGGGAACAACUGGCUACUAUGGACAUCAUGCUAAGAUUAUGUGUAUAGGAUGGUCUCCAGACAAUGAGCACUUUGCAACUGGUGGAAUGGAUGGAUUGAUCUUUAUUUGGAGCCUGUCUGUUCCAAUUCAAAAUAAAAGAUUCAAAAUCUCAGAUACUCAUCGGUUAUAUCAUGUCGGCUGCAUUGUUUGGUUGGAUGAACACACUCUGGUGACAGCAUCCCAUGAUGCCUGUAUAAAGCAGUGGAUCAUCACCUACAUCUGAACAAGUUAUUGUAUUUGGGGAGGGGGCCUAGAAUUUCAGGGACUAGGGCUGCUGCUGUAGAAACGUAGUAUUGAGCAGAAUAUUUCUUUUUUUGCCCUGUGGGCCCCAUAUCACAAUCUUAUCUCUGAUAUACUGUGUUGGGAAAGCUUUAGCAAAAGAAAAAUGCACGUGAAAAGCACUUGUUAACCUAAUCUCUGGAGCUUAAUCUUGUACGUUCACAUUCCAGAGGCAACAGCCUUAUUUGUAUUCAUAUAACCCCUAUAUGCAGCUUUUUUCCUUUUUUGUUUAAAGACCAGAUUUGACGUACUGAAUCAAGAGACUAAAACUCCAAUUAAAGAAUAUUUCUGUAUAAUGACAAGAUAAUCAAUGUGUGAUUGAAAUUGAUGCAAGUGCAGCUACUGUAUAUUGUACAUGUUAUUUCUUUUGCUUUAGAAAUCUGUACUGCACAAUUGUUGCCUGAGAUGUUCUCCAGAUUAUCAGAAAAAUACCUAAUAAAGUUUUUAAUGCUUUAAGAAUUCAAAAAUGGUUACUUUAUAAUUGGAGUCCUUGUUCCAUUUUAAUAUAAUCAAUAUCAAUAUAUAGAUUGUUUUAGUGCUGAAUAGUAAGUGCCAAAUUUGUACAUAGAAUGUUGGGAAAUUUUUCUGAUGACAUAUUCACUUUUUAAAGAAAUUUUACAAUGUGCAACAAAACAAGUAGUUUUAGAUUUUUUUUAACUACAUUUGAAAUCUAGUCUUUCUCAAUGCAAUACUUGUUGGAAGGAAACCUGAAUAGCAAAAGGUAUGAUUUUUAAUCCAAUUAUCUUGUGGAUUAUAUCCAGUCGAGUUGCUUGCAACAUCUACGGUACUAGAGAAAUGUUAGAAUAUAUAUAGCUAAUUUAAUUAUUCUGCAUAAGGGUACAUGAUUGUUUAAUAAGGGUUCAUGACAUUUUGGCAUUUGCAGCAGCAUGCAUUCUUAUCUCAAAAUCCAUUGUUUUUAAACCAGUAGCAAUUUUUCCAGAAGCACUAAUUUUUUUAAAGGCUAGUUUCAAUAAAAAAGUGCUUGCGUUCAUGAGAAAUUCUGGCCCAAUAGUAAUUAAAGUUUGUUGUACAUUUGGAGGACAGAAUUCCAUAAACGACCUGCAUAGCAAAAGGCGAAUGUGCACAGGAAUCCGAUAGCCAUUCGGUUAGAUUGUAACUGCUCUGUUUGUCUAGUUCAUUUAGUUGCUUUUGCAUAACCUUUGUCCUUUUUCCAGCACGCAUUUUGCUAUUGGUAGAUUUACAUGAGACAGUCUUUUGAGUUUGCUGCUUCCCUUUUGUGUGGUUUUGGUUUUGCUUAUGACCUGGCUGUAUAUUCAAAGUGAAACCCUCUUUCUAGAUUUACCCAGUAAGGGAAAUACCACCUUAUUUACUUUAACUUGUUUGUAAAAUCCGAUCACCCUCUUUCUUGAAUAUACAAACUAACUUCUACAAUCUAUCCUUUUUCUUGUUUCUAUUGAGUCUGCGCUAUACCAUCUCAAGUCCCCUUCCUAAUAUGCAGUGUUCAGAAGUAUGCCAGAUAGUGUUUGGCAAAGUUUUUAUUCAAUUGAAACUUUAUUUUUGGUAUUUUAGCCCUACUGAGAAUAAAUAGCAAAAUGU